AUGUCAUCUAGAUCUCCUCCUCCCUCAGAUGUUGAUCCGUCUAACUCUAAUCAGAUGUUGAAUGCGGUGCUUCAAACAUUGCAACGGCAGAAUGCUUCAUUGGUUCAGCAGAACACUAUUGCAUUACAAAAUUUGGAAGCUGCUAGAUUAUCGGCUGAGAAUGCUAGAGUAUCAUCUGAAAAUACUCAAAGGCAGUUCAUGGAUGUGUUGACUAAUGCUAGGACUCCUCCAAGUGUUUCUUCCAUGGUUAUUCCUACGCAAGAAUGGAGUUUGGAAAGCUUUCUCCAACAUCAUCCAGCCCGAUUCACUGGAAAAUGUAGCCCUGACGAAGCUGAUCAUUGGUUUAGGGACAUGGAAAGAAUCUAUGAGGCUAAAGGGUGUCCUGAUGAGAAGAAACUGGCCUACACCCAGUAUCUAUUGGUCGGGGAAGCUGGCCACUGGUGGAGCAGCAUGAGGAUGAUAUUGGAAAGGAGUGAGAUUCCUAUUACUUGGGAGCUAUUUAGGGUUAAGUUCUACACUGAGUAUUUCCCUGACAGUGUCAGAUAUGCCAAAGAAGUGGAAUUUCUGGAGCUAGUACAGGGCAACAAAACAGUAUCAGAUUAUGCUGAUCGUUUCAAACAUCUGCUCCGCUUCAACACUAUGGCGGUAGACGAAGAGUGGCAAUGUAGGAAAUUCGAAAACGGCUUGAGAGGUGAUAUCAAGCUACUUGUGAAGGGGUUACGCAUCAGAGAAUUUCCUGCUCUGGUGGAGAUGGCUCGUGACAUGGAGAAGACUAAGAAGGAAUCCGAGGGACCUCAGAAACAACAGAGCCAACCACUGAGGGUUGGUGGGCCUAUGAUAUCUAGGGGAGGCUCCAUUUCUAGGAGUACCCCUUUCUCUAGACCUAUUUCCUCUGGGUCUAGGGGUUCUUCCUCUCAAUUAUCAGGGCAAUCCAGUUUUGCUAGCCCCUUGAGAUGCUACAGGUGUGGUGGACCCCAUCUACAGUCUGUUUGCCCUCAGAUGAGCGGUUAUCGGAGGUGUAACAUCUGUAGAGGUGAGGGUCAUUAUGCUAGAGAUUGUCCUACCGUCAAGAGGACUGGACCACAGAUACACCGUGCUGAGAGAUCUGUUCAGAGGGGUGGUGCCAGACCACAGGCCACGGGGCGAGUUUAUGCUUUGACCGGGGCUGAGGCAGCCAACGCAGGUAACCUGAUUGUCAGUAGUUGUUUAUUAUUUGAAAAUUCUUGUGUGGCAUUGUUUGACUCGGGGGCGACGCAUUCUUUUGUGUCCGAGGUGUGUGUUGAGAGAUUGGGUUUAAUUGUGGGGGAACUUUCGUGUGAUCUGGUGGUGUCCACACCAGCAGCAGGGUUAAUUAGGACAUCUAAAGUGUGCUCCAGAUGUCCUAUUGUAGUAGAGGGACGAAGGUUCAAAGCAAAUCUUAUUUGUUUACCUUUGCAAGGGCUAGAAGUAAUUUUGGGUAUGGAUUGGCUAUGUUCCAAUCGCAUACUUAUCGACUGUGGUAACAAGCAGUUGAUAUUUCCUAGUAAAAAUGAAGAUAUGUCUCUGUCGUUAGGCGUGCUGAAGCAAGAUAUCAGGAAAGGUGCUUGUUGUUUCUUGGUUAUGACGCAUAUGGACGCAACUCAGGAGUCAGAUCAUUUGUCUCAAAAGAAUCAGAGUGUAGACUUCUUAGUGGUAAACGACUUCUUGGAUGUUUUUCCGGAAGAAGUUCCUGGUUUACCUCCUCCGCGAGAAGUGGAGUUUUCUAUUGAUCUGGUCUCAGGAGCAGGGCCAGUAUCUAUAGCCCCUUAUCGGAUGGCUCCAGCUGAAUUGGCUGAGUUGAAGAAGCAGAUUGAAGAGCUGUUAGAGAAACAGUUUAUCCGACCAAGUGCUUCACCGUGGGGUGCGCCUGUGUUGUUAGUGAAGAAGAAGGAUGGUAGCUCCAGGCUGUGUAUUGAUUACAGGCAAUUGAAUAAGUUGACAAUCAAGAAUAAGUAUCCGUUGCCGAGGAUAGAUGAUUUGAUGGAUCAGUUAUAUGGGGCUACAGUAUUCUCUAAGAUCGAUCUUAGGUCCGGCUAUCAUCAAAUCUUGGUGAAAACAGAUGAUGUGCAGAAGACAGCGUUCAGAUCUAGAUAUGGCCAUUAUGAGUACGUAGUUAUGCCUUUUGGUGUGACUAAUGCUCCUGCCAUUUUCAUGGACUACAUGAACAGGAUUUUCAGACCGUUCUUAGACAAGUUCGUUAUUGUCUUUAUAGAUGACAUACUUGUUUAUUCUAAGACUCGAGAAGAGCAUGAAGAUCACCUUAGAUUGGGGAAACUUGCCCCUGCACCUCCGCCACGAUUUUGCUCUUCUAUCUUACAUCGUCAUGAGCCAAGAAUGCGAGAAUGGAGUUUCUGUUGUGUUUUUGGAUUUACAGGUCUGUUGCAGGUGAUGGCGCCUCUGGAUGACAGCGAUGACGCGAGAGAGGAUGUCGCGGCUUGCAAGGAUUUUGCGCAUUGA